AUGUCUGUUACAGACUUUAAAAUAAUGGAUGAGGAAGUAUCCUUAAAUCAUGGCACUGAGGAGAAAACUAUAAGACAUACCGGUUAUUUCUCUUCAUCAUACUCUGUGAAAAAAAUUUGGGUUAGAAUCUGCUUGUUUCUGGUGGAGUUCUGUGAGAGGUUCAUUUUUUUUGAAGUCGUCUGCAAUAUGAUCCCCUUUUGCACUGUCAAGCUUGGCUAUCUCAAUUACGAGGCAGCCAUUUUGAACUUGUGUUUUAUUGGAACUUCAGUACUUACCCCUGUGUUUGUGGGGUGGCUUGCGGGUGUCCGGCUAGGAAGAAACAAGCUGGUAUAUGUUUGCUUAAGUCUACAUUUUCUAGGCACUGCUUUGUUAUCUGUGGUUGCCUUUCCCUUGGAAGAUUUCUAUCUAGGCACCUACCAUAUGAUUAACAAUAUACCAACAAAGGAGCAGAACAGGCUGUUUUACGUGGCACUGUUGUUCGUCUGCCUUGGCACAGGAGGAAUGAGAGCCAUCGUGUGUCCACCAGGUGCUCAUGGCUUUCAGGAGCAUGAAUCCCAGAAAGAAAUGUCUUUUUUUAACUGGUUAUGUUGGAUCAUGAACCUGAAAGCAACCAUUGUCUUUCUGGGAAUAUCCUACAUCCAGCACUCAGGGGCCUGGGCCCUGGUUUUACUUAUUCCUUCUAUGUCUACACUCAUGGCUCUGAUAACUCUUCAUAUGAUGCGCUGUAACCUGAUACAUCAGCCAGAAAAAUGUUACUCCCUCUUGACAACCUUUGGGGUAUUUGUUAAUGCACUGAAAACAUGCUGUCUGCGAUACUGCCCUCUUACCGGAGACGCGCCAAGCUGGCUGGACCACGCCAAGACGAAAAAUGGCGGCUGCUACAGUGAGCUUCACGUGGAAGACACAAAAUCUUUCCUCACUCUUCUGCCUCUCUUCAUUUUUCAGCUCCUUUACAGAAUAUGCAUCAUGCAGAUUCCUUCAGGAUAUUAUGUGCAGACCAUGAACUCCAACCUGAAUGUGGAUGGAUUUCUCCUGCCAGUUGCAGUAAUGAAUGUCAUCAGCAUCCUACCACUACUAAUUCUGGCUCCUUUUAUGGAGUAUUUCAGCACCUACCUCUUUCCCUCUAAGAGAGAUGGAUCGUUUCUGUUGGCAUGCAUUAUCGCUGGAAAUCUUUCUGCUGCGUUGUCUGUGAUGGUAGCUGGCUUCUUUGAAAUACACAGAAAACACUUCCCUCCCGUGGAGCAGCCUCUGUCAGGCAAAGUCCUCACUGUUUCUUCCAUGCCCUGUUUCCACCUCGUUCUUCAGUACAUUUUACUUGGAGUGGCUGAAACACUGGUCAACCCAGCCUUCUCUGUAAUAUACAGAUUUGUUCCAAGUGCCAUCAGAGGAACCUCUAUGAAUUUUUUGACACUGUUCAAUGGAUUUGGUUGUUUCAUGGGGGCUCUGCUGGUGGAGUUGGCAUAUCGCAUCUCAGAAGGCAAUUGGUUUCCAAACACAUUAAACAAAGGCAAUUUAGAAAGCUUCUUCUUCUUUUUGGCAUCAUUAACGUUGUUGAACGUCCUGGGAUUCUGGAGUAUUUCACAUAGGUAUUGUAAUCUAAAUCAUUUUAAUGUCCAGAACAUCAGUGGAAGUAAUCUUGAAGAAAAACUUCUCCUCCAUGAAAAGUCUCGGAAAUUUUAUGGCAGCACACAGGAAUUUUCUUCAAGUAUUGAUCUUUGGGAGACAGCCCUAUGA